AAAGAUUUAAGAAAAAAAACAAAAAAACUUCACGAUCGUUUCGUCUUUCGUCAUCGUCUUCUUCUUCAACAACACCGUUGACGAAUUCUCCUCAACAUGCAAUGUCGAUUUGAUUGAUUCAAACCAUCAAAAAACACCAAUGGAGAACGUUGCCGCGCAAUUGAAGCGCGGAAUCUCGAGACAAUUCUCAACGGGAUCAUUGCGACGAACACUAAGCAGGCAAUUCACACGCCAAUCCUCCCUCGAUCCACGCCGUAACAACAUGAGGUUCAGCUUCGGCCGCCAAUCGUCGCUAGAUCCGAUCAGGCGGAGCCCCGAGUCGUUGGGAUGCGAGCCGAAGAUGUGUGUCCCGGAGAAUCUGGAUUCGACGAUGCAGCUUCUCUUUAUGGCGAGUAAGGGAGACGUUGAAGGAGUUGAGGAGCUGCUCGAUGAGGGAAUCGAUGUGAAUAGUAUUGAUCUAGAUGGACGUACGGCUCUUCAUAUUGCUUCGUGUGAAGGUCAUUACGACGUCGUUAAGGUUCUUCUUAGCCGGAGAGCUAAUAUUGAUGCUCGUGAUCGUUGGGGUAGUACGGCUGCUGUUGAUGCCAAGUAUUAUGGGAAUGCUGAAGUGUAUAGUCUCUUGAAAGCUCGAGGAGCUAAAGUCCCGAAAACAAGAAAGACUCCAAUGACGGUGGGAAAUCCAAAAGAAGUCCCUGAGUAUGAGCUUAAUCCACUCGAGCUUCAAGUCCGAAAAGUUGAUGGCAUCUCUAAGGGAACAUAUCAAGUUGCUAAAUGGAAUGAGACGCGAGUUUCAGUAAAAAUAUUCGAUAAAGAUAGUUAUUCAGAUCCUGAACGAGUAAAUGCUUUCAACCAUGAAUUAACUUUGCUAGCUAAAGCUCGUCAUCCAAAUAUAGUUCAAUUUGUUGGAGCAGUCACUCAAAAUCUACCGAUGAUGAUUGUAGUUGAGCAUAACCCAAAAGGUGAUCUAAGUAGUUAUCUUCAAAAGAAAGGUCGUCUUUCUCCUUCAAAGGCUCUGAGAUUUGCUCUUGAUAUUGCCAGAGGCAUGAACUAUCUUCAUGAAUGUAAACCAGACCCGGUCAUCCACUGCGAUUUAAGGCCAAAAAAUAUUUUGCUGGAUAGAGGAGGACAACUGAAGAUCUCUGGAUUUGGUUUGGUAAAGUUGUCCAAGAUUUCAGAAGAUAAUGUCAAAGUUGCGAACCACCAAGCUCAUAUCGAUAGAUCAAAUUACUAUGUUGCACCUGAAAUUUACAAAGACAAUAUCUUUGAUAAAAGGGUUGAUGUGCAUUCAUUUGGUGUCAUUUUGUAUGAGAUGACUGAGGGAGUAUCUAUUUUUCAUCCUAAAUCUCCUGAAGAAGUUGCAGAGUCGAUAUGUUUAGAAGGAAAGAGACCAACAAUCAAAACAAAGUCGAAGAGUUACCCUCCAGAACUGAAAGAGUUGAUUGAGGAAUGUUGGCAUCCAGAGAUAAGUGUGAGGCCAACAUUCUCUGAGAUUAUUUUCCGGCUUGACAUAAUAGUUUUAAACUGUUCUAAGCAGGGUUGGUGGAAAGACACGUUUAAGUUUCCUUGGAAAUGAAGGGAAACGAUUGAAUCAAUCAACACUGAGAGUGAAAAACCCCAAUGAUGAAAGAGACAACAAGAUGUGAAUGAGAUUUCAUUUGCAGACUCAAGCAGAUACACCCUUUGUAAAAACAGAACAUAUCACUGAUUUGUUUUUAAUACUUUUCAUGUUUCAUAUCAUAAGCAUUGGGGUAUUUUGUUAAGUAUAUUCUACAAGUAACAACAUACACAUCAAUUGUUCAUAUCAAAACUAGAAGCAAAUUUUAAAUUCUAG